CUGGAAGAGCGGACUUUACCUGAAGGAGGGAGAGGUGGCCUCAGGUGACCGGCGGGGCGGCUGGCCAGUGCUUCACUGUCCUCGCUGCUGCUGCUGCCCGCCAGCAUGCCUCCCUUGGAAAGCAUGGUGCUUUGUCGCGAGUCCCAGGUGGCCACUCUGCAGUCCCUAUUUGGAGAGAGACAUCAUUUCAGCUUUCCAUCCAUUUUUAUUUAUGGGCAUACUGCCAGUGGGAAGACCUAUGUGACACAAACUUUGUUGAAAACUUUAGAGCUCCCGCAUGUCUUCGUGAAUUGUGUUGAAUGCUUCACCCUGAGGCUCCUUCUGGAGCACAUCUUAAGCAGGUUGCGUGUCCUCGGCUCUCCAGAGGACGGCUCUUGCGCCGAAGUAACCUGUGACACGUUCAAUGACUUCGUUCGCUUGUUUAAACAAAUCACCAAAGCAGAAAGCCUCAAGGAUCAGACUGUGUACAUUGUUCUAGAUAAAGCAGAGUAUCUAAGAGAUAUGGAAGCAAAUGUUUUGCCUGGGUUUCUCAGGUUGCAAGAACUGACCGAUAGAAACGUUACUGUCAUCCUUCUCAGUGAGAUUGUUUGGGAAAAGUUUCGUCCAAACACAGGAUGCUUUGAGCCGUUUGUCUUGUACUUUCCAGACUACAGCAUAGGAAACCUUCAGAAGAUUCUGUCUCAUGACCAUCCCCCCGAGUACUCAGCCGAUUUCUAUGCCGCCUACAUCAACAUCCUCCUCGGGGUUUUCUACACUGUUUGUCGAGAUCUCAAUGAGCUCCGACAUCUGGCAGUGCUUAAUUUUCCCAAGUAUUGUGAGCCUGUGGUCAAAGGAGAAGCAAGCGAGCGCGAUACGCGGAAGCUGUGGAGAAACAUCGAGCCUCACUUGAAGAAGGCCAUGCAGGCCGUGUACCUGAGGGAGGUGUCAAGUUCCCAGUGGGAAAAGCUGCAGAAUGGUGACACAGAUCCGGGACAAGUGAAAGGUCUCUCAGCGUAUAAUCACGUGGAACUCCCAUAUUACUCUAAGUUUAUUCUGAUCGCCGCAUACCUUGCUUCGUACAACCCAGCAAGAACCGACAAGAGGUUCUUCCUUAAGCAUCAUGGGAAAAUCAAGAAAACCAACUUUCUAAAGAAACAUGAAAAGACGAGCAAUCAUCUGCUUGGACCAAAGCCCUUCCCGCUGGACAGGUUGCUGGCCAUCCUGUAUAGCAUCGUGGACAGCAGGGUUGCUCCGACAGCGAAUAUCUUCUCGCAGAUCACUUCGCUAGUUACCCUGCAGCUGUUAAGCCUGGUUGGCCACGACGACCAGCUUGACGGACCCAAAUACAAAUGCGCCGUGUCUCUCGACUUCAUCAGAGCAAUUGCAAGGACAGUGAACUUUGACAUAAUAAAAUACUUGUAUGAUUUCUUGUGAAAACAAGAGCCAAAGCCAUAUGGACACUGUGACAAUGACUAAGCCAAGCCGCGUUCAUCCAACUACUUGGCUGGCCGGGGAGAGGAGUUCUUUGGCUCUGUUGGAUUUGUCCAAACAGGUGCUGGCCCAGCAUGGAAGCUCCUGGAAGUAUUCUGAUUGGUCUGGCUGGACGGGAACAGGAGACUGUUUACCGGGGACCCUGGAGUAUUUGGAAGCAACGUGUUAAUUAUAAACAGCAGGGUUUGCGCACAAUCUGUUCUACUCUUAAUGAUGUUAUCUUAACACUGAAAUUGCCUGAAACCCAUUUACUUAGGCCUACGUCUUGCUCCGUGAGCCAUCCCCCUGCGCUUUGAACAUGCCAGCAGCCCUUGUGUGUUCGCCUGGGCUUUUCACUUCCUCCCCACGGGAGCCUGUGCAGGUGCUUGCCAAAGCAGAUUUUCCCGAGGCCACCGUUUUAAAACAAUCAUAGUUGCAAAACAUAAAUACAAAUUCUUAUU